AUGCGCACACUAUCCGCCAACGAAAAAGAUAUCUCCAAAGCCUUGCCGGCGAGAAUGCAGACGAAAACCAAUGACAGCCGUUCGAUUGACCGGAGCUCUGGCUUUAAUCGACGGACGGGAGUCUAUCACAGCCUUCGUCCCUCUUUCUCUCUACCUCCUAUCGAUCAACCUCUCUCCAUCGCCGAAUUCGCGCUUUCCCUCCUCCGCAAAUCCUCACCACCAGCCACCGCCGGGAAAGAUAUCAAAGCUAUUACUUACCUUGUUGCCGCAAGCUCUGGGGAAAGCAUCACUUAUGGAGAGCUUCUUCAUAAGGUCCGUUCCCUUGCCGUGUCUCUCCGGGAGCGAUUUCCUUCGCUUUCACAAAGAGAUGCCGCAUUUAUCAUUUCUCCAGCUUCGUUGCACGUACCAGUGCUUUACUUGGCUUUAAUGUCGAUCGGCGUCGUGGUUUCACCGGCUAAUCCAAUCGGAUCUGAUUUGGAGGUGAGUCAUCAAGUUGAAGUUAGCAAACCAGUAAUUGCGUUCGCGACAUCGCAGACGGUUAAUAAGCUCCGUUCCUCUUCUUUGCCUCUCGGAAUCGUUCUGAUGGACUCGCCUGAGUUUCUCUCUUGGUUAACUCGAUCGGAUUCUUCAUCUGUCAACCCGAUUCAGGUUCGGGUUAACCAAUCGGACCCUGCCGCGAUCCUCUUUUCGUCCGGAACAACCGGGCGAGUCAAGGGCGUUCUACUCAGCCACCGCAACCUAAUCGCCUCAACAGCUGUGUCUCACAAACGCGCACUCGACGACCCGGUUGAUUACGACCGUAUCGGGCUCUUCUCUCUCCCUCUCUUCCACGUGUUUGGCUUCGCGAUGAUGAUCCGAGCCAUCACGCUUGGAGAGAAACUGGUGCUUCUGGAGAGGUUCGAGCUCGGGGCGAUGCUUAAGGCGGUGGAGAAAUACAAAGUCACUGGUAUGCCUGUAUCUCCACCGUUGAUUGUGGCGUUGGUCAAAUCUGAGCUAACGAAGAAGUUCGAUCUCCGGUCGUUGCGUGCCCUUGGCUGCGGCGGCGCUCCCCUCGGGAAAGACGUCGCCGAGAGGUUCAAUCAGAAAUUCCCAGACGUUGAGAUUGUUCAGGGUUAUGGCUUGACAGAGAGCACAGGGCCAGCCGCGGCGACGUUUGGACCUGAAGAGACAGUGAGGUACGGCUCAGUUGGUCGUAUCUCUGAGAAUAUAGAGGCAAAGAUCGUUGAUCCAUCGACUGGAGAAGCUUUACCACCGGGGAAGCAGGGUGAGCUCUGGCUCCGUGGACCGGUCAUCAUGAAAGGUUAUGUGGAAAAUGAGAAAGCAACUGCUGAGACAUUAGAUCAAGAAGGGUGGUUAAAGACGGGUGAUCUCUGUUACAUUGAUGCCGAGGGUUUUCUAUAUAUUGUUGAUCGGCUAAAGGAACUUAUAAAAUACAAGGCUUAUCAGGUUCCUCCAGUAGAGCUGGAGCAGAUUCUUCAUUCGCAUCCGGACGUAAUUGAUGCUGCAGUUGUUCCGUUCCCGGACGAGGAUGCAGGAGAGAUUCCAAUGGCUUUCAUAGUGAGAAAACCAGGAAGUAAUCUCAAAGAGGCGCAAGUUAUUGAUUUCGUAGCUAAACAAGUUGCUCCGUACAAGAAGGUACGACGAGUUGCUUUCAUAGGCGCAAUUCCAAAAAAUCCUGCUGGCAAGAUUCUGCGUCGGGAGCUUACUAAAAUCGCCGUGGAUGGCAAUGCCUCUAAGCUUUGA